ACUUUUCAUUACAUUUUUCUUUUAUUAUAGGGCUUUUCUUACAGGCCUGUUUUCCUCAAAAUGAGCGUCAGUAUCACCUUCUUAAGACCUUUUGCCAGAGUUUUGGUGCCAUUUACCCUUCAUAGGAAGAGAAAGGUUUUAUAUUCAACAACUCUGCAGAGAUACACGUCUUCCAAAAUACCAGCUGUGUCCUAUCCUAAUAAGGAGAGUACAUCACCUGAAGAGCUGGAGUUGGAUAGGUGGAAAAUUACAAUGAAAUCUAGUGUGCAAGAAGAGGAUGUUUCAACAGUCUCAAGUAACAAGGAUGAAGAUCCUCUAGCUGCCACCAGAGAAUUAAUUGAGAUGUGGAGAUUGCUUCGCAGAGAAGUACCAGAAGACAUCAGUGAAGAAGAGCUCAAAACCGUUAUGGAAUGUGUUUCUAAAUCGUCAAAAAGAAAAUAUUUAAAAUAUUUAUAUGUUAAGGAAAAAAUGAAAAAAGCCAAGCAAAUAAAAAAGGAAAUGAAAAUAGCAGCAAAAGAACAAGUAAAAAAAGAUCAGCUACCAGAAACCACUAAGGAAGAUAAACAGCAAAACUUUCUGUUUCUACGACUUUGGGAUAGGAAUAUGGACAUUGCAAUGGGCUGGAAGGGUGCCCAGGCCAUGCAGUUUGGACAACCUUUGGUUUUUGACAUGGCUUAUGAUGACUAUAUGAAACCAAAAGAACUGCAGAAUGCUGUUUCCCAACUUUUAGAAAGUGAAGGAUGGAACAGAAGAAAUGUUGAUCCUUUCCAUAUUUAUUUCUGCAGUCUUAAAACAGGUGGUGCCUACUAUAGAGAGUUAGUUAAACGUUAUGGAGAAAAGUGGAACAAAUUGCUUUUAACAGCAACAGAAAAGUCUCAUGUAGAUUUAUUUCCAAAGGACAGUAUUAUAUAUUUAACUGCAGAUUCUCCCAAUGUUAUGACUACUUUCAAGCAUGACAAAAUUUAUGUAGUGGGAUCUUUUGUUGAUAAGAAUAUGCAGCCAGGCACAUCCCUAGCCAAAGCAAAACGGCUGAAGCUAGCAACAGAAUGCCUUCCAUUAGAUAAAUAUUUGCAGUGGGACAGUGGCACCAAAAAUCUCACCUUAGAUCAAAUGAUACGUAUUUUGUUAUGUCUGAAAAACACUGGUAGUUGGGAAGAGGCUCUGAAGUUUGUUCCUAGGAGAAAACAUACUGGUUAUCUGGAGAUUUCUCAGCAUUCUCAAGAGUUUUUCAACAGAAUGAAGUCAAAGACUUUUAACUCAUUUGCAAGAGGCUCUGUACAUAGACACAGAAAAGGUAGCUUGAAUUAGAAUAUUUGAUAGCUUAAAAAGUAAAUGGAUUAGGAUUACGGGUUUUUUUUUUUUUUUCCAAAAUCAGCUGAAAUUUUUAGGAAGCCUCUGCUGAAAUAGCACAGGUAAUACUCACUCCUGUUUUUUUUCUUUUUUUUGAAUUUUAUUUUUUAUACAGCAGGUUCUUACUAGUUAUCCAUUUUAUACGUAUUAGUGUAUAAAUGUCAAUCCCAAUCUCCCAAUUCAUCCCACCACCACCACUUCGGAAUACAGUUCUGUUAGUCUCUUUCAUCCUGAAUGGAAUUCACUUGCUCAUUCUUUUAAAGGUUG